AUGGGAGUGUGUAGCUACAGUAGCACAGGGAAUUAUCAUCACUUGAUGCUGGUGUUAAUACAGCUCUGGGAUCGGGGCAUAUAGCCACAGCCUCAUACAGUCUACACACAGGGCCUCAGUUAGACUUGUCAGUCUGCAGAGAACCAACGAAGCGCAACAAACAACGCGCUCUCACCACAAGACGACAGCCCAAGCCUGGCGCAUCAAUCUGUCAGCUCCAUAAACCUGUUAAACUAGCUCUCAACUCAAAUCUCCUCACUAACCAUGCGAUGACUUAAGCGGUGAGAACAGGUUGUUUAUCUUAGAGUUUCCCCUCCUUCCAGAUUGUGACGUAGACUGACAGGGGUUACAUACAUCAUGGUGUGCGUUCCUCCCGCCAACAACACCACCCAGCUGACAUCGCUCUGUAAGUUUAGCAUGGCUUACACGGAGUACCACGGAUAUGCCAGUGUCCUCGUCUGCAUCUUUGGACUCAUCGCCAACAUGGCCAAUGUCAUCGUUCUCACCCGCAAAAACAUGAUCUCUUCCACAAACUGCAUCUUGACCUGGCUCGCUGUAGCAGACCUUCUCACCAUGGCCUCCUACUUUUUCUUUGCCCUUCAUUUUUACAUCAUGCGUGAUCCCGAUAUUCUCGCCCUAAAAACACGUAGCUAUGGCUGGUGCGUUAUGCUACUGAUCCACGCCAGCUUCACCAUCGUCUGUCACACCAUCGCUAUCUGGCUCACCAUCGUGCUCGCCAUCUUCCGCUACUUGUACAUCUGUUUCCCCACCAAAGGCAAUAUACUCUGCAGCAUCAGUCGCGCUAAACUCAGCAUCUUCUUGGUCUACCUGUGCACCAUUGGCGUUUGCGUCCCAAACUACUUGGUGAACUACAUCGACUCGACGGAGACACCAGAGCAGUUCAGCACGGGCAAUGGCUCCAUCACCAUCAACAACACCAUAUACGAGAUCAAAGUGGACGACGAGGGCAAGCCCAUUGUCUACACCGCGAAUUCUUGGCUACAGGCCAUUCUAAUCAAAAUCAUCCCAUGUGCUAUGUUGACAAUUCUAACUUGUCUCCUCAUCCAUGCCAUGCACCAGGCGCACAAACGGCGCAUGAAGCUGAAGUCCCAGGGACGCAAGGACGAAUCUGACAAGCACGGAGAGCACAAUCGCACUACUGGCAUGCUGCUAGCCAUCGUGGUGCUGUUUCUUAUCACAGAGCUGCCACAAGGCAUUCUUACACUUCUCAGUAUAUUCAUACCAAACUUUUACUAUGAUGUCUACACCCCACUAGGAGACAUUUUGGAUAUAAUGGCCCUGAUAAAUAAUGCCAUCAAUUUUGUCCUGUACUGUACCAUGAGCAGACAAUUCCGAGACACAUUUGUGCGGGUGUUUUGUGGCUGCUGCUCAGAGCAUCGACCUGGUUGGCUUAAAAUGAAGGCUGUGACUGCUCAGAAUGGCAGCCAUGCCACCAGCUCGAGAGUAUAACAUUUCAAGUCAAUUGGUCGAUGGCUUGAAACCAAAGCAACAACAACAACCCAGACACAGGAUUCUGUCCUUCUUGAAUUCUGGAAUACAUGUGUGUACAACAAAUGGUUGUGUAAGAAGAAUUUUCCAUUUUGAGGCCUUGUCAGUUUGAAACUAGCGAAGAUUCCUUAUAUGUUGGUUCAUAUAUGAAGGUAAUAUGAUAAUAAAUUAAGCAAUAGAAAUCUACUACAGGGAUACUUAUUCAACUAGCGUAUACGGAGAUACCGUUAUACAGGAGACAACUGUAAGAAAGCAAUUAAAUGCUUCACAUUUGUGCUUACUUUGAUGCCAGAUCAAUAUUUUAGUCAAGACAACACAACACUACACGCUGCACAAGGUUAUAGACCAUAACGCUGCAGUUGGACAAUCUGAACAGCUUUUGCCAUUGCAAACUUGGGAAAUAAAUUGUGUGGAAGCUAGAGUUUUAGCUCGAGUUACGAUUGUUUAAACAUGUUACCUACUUAACGGCUGUAGCCCACAUUGCAACAUUUGAAUUAAACAACAAGGUUGAAAAUGCAUGCAAUUUUCGUAAAAAAUUAAUGCUUGGCAGUACAAAACCAUCUACCCAUGUGUAUAGAGUACUAUAGAAAUGAACUGCGUGUUACACUGUCAACAACUCUUCCUGCGUUAAAUAUUCAAUAUUCUGUCAUGAGUACGGCUGUAAAAAACAUUACUAAACAGGGGCGGACUUCGUUUAACUCAGCGAGAGAAAACACACCAACUUCAGGUCUUUCUUCUGAUUCAACAUCGUCUGACUGAACAUCGCAUGUCUUCAUCCAUCAACCAUUGCCAGCAUUUGUUUUCCGCACAACAUCACAUCAUCCUGGUUCAGUUGGCCGAUGCCUGCUGUUUGUUCAAAGACUGAUCACUUGUAAAUUAUACAGAAUAGUGUCAUGCACUGAAUCCAGAAUACUUAUCUUGUAACAGCAUGGGAACUGAAAGCUACAAUCAAAAAAAAAAUCCUCUUGAGGGACACAAUGACAGAACCAGCCUCGAUUUCCCUUCAAUAUUCAUAGCAUUCUAUCUACAGACUGUCAGAUAAAUAUUUCAGGAACAGGCGAUAGAUUCCAAGAAAACUUCCAAAGGUUUAGUCAAGUAGAAUUGCUUUGUUUGCAAUCAUAAGCCUCAAUUGUCUGAAUUUAAAAUCGAGGAUGAGCUAUAGAUAUCUGAUGCUGCUUUAUUUUUCUACCAUGUUUUAUUUGCUUGACAGGACACAAUUAUUUUUCUGUUCACAACAUGAAAUAAAUGAAACUGGUAUGUGAACAAGCCUAUAAUAAAUUCUGUAUUACGUGAUAAAAAGGCUUAAUGGAAACUCUUGCAACUCAACAUAUACACUAACCGAAGAGUCACAGAGAUGUUCAACAACAUCUCUUCUGGAGAAGUUUUUUCUUUUUUGUAGAACAAAUUGUCAUCAUUUUGUUUCACAUCUUACUUUGAUGUCGCCUUUUUUUUAUCUGAUGCCUAACACUGCUGUUUUGUUUUGUUUUGUUUUUGUUGGGAUUUUUUUUCACACAUUAUUUUGUUGAGAUUCUUUUCUUCUUCGUUAAUUUUUUUCCAUCAUCUUUUCAUUUUCUCUUUACGGAAGGAGUAUUCAUUAAUUUUAUUCUCAUUUUUUAUAGCCAAAUGUGUUUAGCACUUAAACAUGCUGAAAAUGAUACCAUUAUCCCUGCUCUCUUGUCUAGUUACAUUUCCAGGUGUGUCACUGACUUCCCUUCUCUUCAGUUACAUGGGACUAAACCGAAAAUCAAGAUUUUUUCCAUCUUUGUAUCUCCAUUCUCUAAACAUUUUAAUAAUAUGACUAUCGAGGAUCACACUUAUUACAUGUCCAAUAUGUAAUAUCAAGAAAAAUAAAAUCAAAAGCCUUAAAUAGCUUCUUACUACAUGCCUCAUAUUUGCAAUAAUAUGAGGCCAUAGAUCCUUUACUGUGUCUCGCCUUUGCUAUUCUAUAUUUAAACAGAGCAAGAGCUAAUAUUUGGCCUUCUCUUGAAAAUUGCUAGCUAGGAGAGGUUUUAGAAGGUUAUGGAUUGUGCCCCAUCUGGCAAAUAUAAACUCAUAGCCAGUGGACAUAAAGGUUUGAACUACAUUUAGUUCUUCUAUUACAUGUUAACCUGUCACCAUUUUACGGUAAUUCUCCAAUCAUGUACUGUAAUUCUUCAACCAUGUACUGUAAUUCUUCAACCUUUUCGCAUGUUUGCAAGGUGUUUAUUCAAGCAUAUUCUGAACGCAUUAUUCUCUGCAGACUGAUAAAAUUAUACUUUUUUGUGAAGGCCUGAAAUUGGCCAACCCAAUUUUGUUUCUAAAAUCAACUUCAAAAUGUGCAAAAAUUUCAGUGAAAGUUGCUCUUUGAUAUGCGAAGAGGUUGAGCAAUGAAUUACAUCCAUGCUUUCAUGUGACUCUGGCAGUUCCUCUCUAAAAGAUAUCAAAUGCUGCUGGGUCUUUCUGUCCUUUAUGCUUCUGUAUUAUCACUUUUACUUUAUAGUUCAGCAAAGGUCACAAGUCAGAUUUCAUCAUCAUUUACAACAGAGUUUUUUGAUAGAUUCUACAUUUAUACAAGAUGGUAACAAAAAAAAUGCAACCAAUUUUCACUUUAUCCACCAAUGUUGCAUCAUUCACCUGUAUAUACAUGGUCGCUUUAAAGCAAGAAAAUUAACAGACGUGAACUUAUAACAUCUGUGAAGACUGUUGAAACCUAACCACAAUAUUAGAAUUAAGCUUUUCCUGUCAUCGCAUUUUACAAGUACAAGCAUGUUUGGCAUCAGUAAGUUGUUAGGUUUGUGACUGUUUAUUUGGUGAGACAUGAUUGUGUGAGGAAACUACAUUUAGUACAGAUAACUACUGCUGGUAAAAUACUAGAACUCAAAAUGAAUGUUCAUGACAUGUUGUGUUCAGUUUGUGUAGGUUAAACAAACAAAAUUACACAGGAAUCAAUGCCACUCUACUGCACCCAUCCCUUUUCUUAUAAAUUGCUGUUUUUAUUGGCUACUCGUUUAAUUCUUCUGACUCUCCCUUUCGCUCAUUCUUAAAGAUUUUGGAAAUUCUAUUGGCUUUUAAAACUGACACUGCCCCCUCCCCGCUCUUUAAUUUCACUUUCUUUAACCUUUAUGGUUUUAUGUUCCUGAAAUUGUGUAGUAAACUCACUACCUGCGUUCCAACAUUCAUGUCUCCUGAACAAAACGAAUACAACUUUGUUAAAACAUUGAAACGUCAACAAUGCCACAUCUGCAGUAUAUUCUGAGCUAGAAUUUAUAUGUUUUGCAUUACACUAGGUCCCAUUGU